AAGAGUCGGAGAAGAAGAAAAAGUGUGUCAUCGCGGAGCUGUUUCCGGUGCUACGUGUAAACAAAGCCCGUUAGCGGCUCCGUUAGCGGCUUCGUGAGGACGGACCGGCGGAAAUCAGAAUCCGCGGAUUCGGUUACGAGAAAGUGGGUGAUGGAGUGAGCAGAGCCGGCGGGAUGUCCAUGGAAGACCCGUUCUUCGUCGUCAAAGGCGAGGUGCAGAAAGCAGUCAACGCUGCUCAGAGCCUCCAUCAUAGAUGGAGCGAACUGAUGGCGGAGGGAGGCGGAGCCUCCAAGGAGGAGAUAGACUGGACGACCAAUGAGCUGAGGAACAGCCUGCGCUCCAUCGAGUGGGACCUAGAGGACCUUGACGAGACAAUCAGCAUUGUCGAGUCAAACCCAAAGAAGUUCAACCUGGAUGCUGCCGAGCUGUCGAAGAGGAAGGCCUUCAUCAACAGCACGCGAGUUGCCGUCAAGGAAAUGAAAGAUCAGAUGUCGAUUCCACCUGCUGCUUCUGACCGAAAGAACAAACAGGCUCUGCUGGGUGAACGUGGUGCUCAGGGCCCCAUAUGGCAGCCUGGUGCAGAUAAGUACAGCCGACUGGACCACCAGCUGCAGAACGCCAACUCUCAGUUCAUCGAGGAACAGCAGGUCCAGCAGCAGCUGAUUGCGGAGCAGCAGGAGGAGCAGCUGGAGCUUGUGUCGGGAACCAUCGGAGUCCUGAAGAACAUGUCGGAGCGAAUCGGCAUGGAGCUGGAUGAGCAGGCCGUGAUGUUGGAUGACUUUGGCCAUGAAAUGGACAACACUCAGUCCAAACUGGACAACGUGAUGAAGAAGCUCGCCAAGGUGUCCCACAUGACCAGCGAUCGUCGUCAGUGGUGUGCCAUCGGCGUGCUGCUUACCAUCCUCUUCAUCAUCAUUCUCCUUUUCUUUAUCCUCUGAUCAAUGCCUCCACCUAUCGACAUGAAAUCUUAAUCCCGUUUACUGGACUCCAUUUAUACUCUACUGAACAUUCUUUGGACUAUGCUGAACUUUAUUUAGACUCUAAUGGACUCUUCCUGCUGAUCGGGAGUGAACAGCACUUUUGGUUCCUUGAGUGUUUAACUGUUAGAACCACCUCAGAGGUCAAAGGUCAUGUUUGGUGUGGUUUUGUUUGGUUGUUCUUUUUAUUUAAAACUGAAAAUAACAAGUUUCACUCGAGUUUAAUGUGGACUUAUUCUGCUCCUUUGCACAGUAGCUUUGCGUGAGUUACAGCUCAAAGUAAUCAUUCUUUCAUUUGAUACUAGGCCUUGGUGCAGCCCCUCAAUUUAUCCUCCAACGCUUCAAGACAGUCUUAUUGGCUGCCCCUCAUAAACAGAAGGUAUGAACAGCAGGUGGGUGGGGCUUCUAUCCUCUCUCUGUGGCAUCUUCCAGAUUCAAGAGUAGAAAAAAUGUUGAGAGCAGUCUGAGCUCUUGGCUCACAGGGAAAACUAUAUCCUCCUGAGAACCAAGGAAAAAGGAAUCUUUUUGUGAUUUCCUUCCUUUUUGGAGCUAAAAGAGGCCUCCCAGACACAUGAGAUCUAAAUGGAAAGCCCGGGAUGUCCUCUAUUUAGUACGUCAGGACUUAGUAGGGUAGAACAAAUAAUUCAAAACAUAUAGACCAAAAACAAAUGUCCAUUAGAGAGGAAAUGAUGAAUAGGAUGGUUCUCAGGAGGGUAUGAACUGUGACCUAAUUAGAAACUUUAAUAGAAA